CUGAACAACAUAUUGUCUCAGAAAGUUUUGACGUAACAUAAUGGUAAACAACCGGAGAUUAGAGGCAAAACCAACUUGCUAUUGAUUCAAGUGAACUUCAAGCAUUUCCAGUUGAAAGGGAAAUUUUAAGUGACCUAAAAUAUAUUGUUCCUUAAGUGAAAAGAUGUCCAGCACAACUCUUUUGACCCGGUCUCUGCUUACAGAAGCUCCUCGAUCGAAAAACCGUUCCAUAUUCACUCUCAUUGUCGGUUUGGUGGUCGGCUAUUGCCUGGCGGUGCUUUUCUCGAGUGUCUCGCCCCAAGAGAGCCUGUAUCCUUACUUGAGUCAGCGCCUGCGCAGCCCUGUGAGCUUACAUGCUGAACAAGGACACCUCGAUGGGGCGGAGGCACCUGAGCACGAUCCCUUCCAGCACGAUCAUCCCGAUGACAACACCACCGUGGCCGAGCAUCUGAAGCGGGAGGUGCGCAUCCUCUGCUGGGUAAUGACUAAUCCCACCAACCACAAGAAGAAGGCGCGCCACGUGAAACGUACGUGGGGCAAGCGUUGCAAUAUCCUGCUGUUCAUGAGCUCCGGCAAGGACGAUAACCUACCCACGGUGCAGCUGAAUGUGGGCGAGGGCCGCGUGAACCUGUGGGCCAAGGUUAAGGAGGCGUUCAAGUACGUCUACCAGCAUCACUACAACGAUGCCGACUGGUUCUACAAGGCGGAUGACGACACGUAUGCGGUGAUCGAAAAUAUGCGCUACAUGCUCUACCCGUACAGCCCCAAGACGCCCGUGCACUUUGGCUUCAAAUUCAAGCCAUUUGUGUCGCAGGGCUAUAUGUCCGGCGGUGCUGGCUACAUUUUAAGCCGGGAAGCACUGCGUCGAUUUGUGGUUGAAGGGAUACCCAAUCCGAAGAUGUGUCUGCCGGGCACUGUGGUCAACGAGGACAUCGAGAUUGGUCGCUGCAUGGAGCAUCUGAAUGUGACGGCCGGCGACUCCAGGGAUAUGAUGGGACGUGGAAGGAUGUUUCCGUUUGUCCCUGAACAUCAUCUUAUACCAGCCAAGUGGAACAAGGACUAUUGGUAUUGGAAGUACCUCUACUACAAGACGGAUGACGGUCUUGACUGCUGCUCGGAUCUGGCGAUUUCCUUUCAUUAUGUGGCUCCAAACAUGAUGUAUGUCCUGGACUAUCUGAUCUAUCACCUGAAGCCGUACGGCUUAAUGCGAUCACUGGAAUCGUUGCCUGCCAAGCUCGAGGUGGGCCAAUUGCUUCCUGCUCCCAUUGAAAAACCGGCGGCCAGCAAUGAGGACUCUGUGGAUGAUUAUGACAGGAUUUACACGACAACAACUACUGAGAAACCUAAGGAGCCCGAUGCCCGGGAAAUGGACUCGAAGGAAGUAGAAAAGGAAGAGUCUAAGUACAGGGAAAAGGAAUUAAAAGAGGCAGACUAUGAAACAGAAGAAAGGGAUGAGGAAACAAAGGAAACUGACGAGGACGUGAAUGAAAAGUCUGAGGAGAAGUCACGAAAAGAAUAG